GUUGCGCUCUUGCACAGUUCCGAUUUUGGGUGAAGACGUUUGGCUGCGCCGCCACACAGAGAGCUCGUCAAAUCCUGAGUUUGGAAUUCCCACUGGCGACUUCGACUUUGGCUGACUGUUGCUGGAGUUCCUCUGACGUGUGCCAUCAAUGCUAGCCGCCUCUCUCCUCUCUCUGCUGCGUUUGCGUACACAGUGCUGUUUUUGAGGCCAGGCAGGUUGUCUUCAUUAAAAAGGCAUCCUCCGUUUCUGCAUUCUCUUCCCACCCCCUCUCCGUCAGAUAUAAUUCUGAAUCCUGCCACCGCCUUAUUUCUGCGAGAAUCGAAAACGAAGCUACAGGGAGAGCUAGCUAGCCUCCAACCUGAUUACCAAACGACACUCGAAUCCAAACCAACGUGUGCUAGGAGAUCAGCAAUCAACACAAAAAUGGCGCGCGGAUUCUGCGUUGGACUCGGGGAGUUCCUCACGUUUGCAGCGAUGGUUCUGGCCAUUUUGGUAAACAUUGGCCAAAUUUCGCAGAACACUGUUGCGAGGCACUUUUACCUAGUUUCGGCUGACCUGACUGGUCUGCAAAACUCGCUGACGACCAACGCGGCAGCGACAAAUGUGCAAGCGCAUGACAUCUACGCGACCGACCAGGCCUCCCCAUUGCUUCAGAACAAUGGUCUGCGACAAUACUACUACUGGGGCAUGUACAGCGUCUGUGGAGGAGAGGGUGUCGGGGGCGCGCGGUCCUGCUCUCCAAAUGAGUUUGUCCACCGCUUUGAGCCUCUGGACGUACUGGAGGCGGACCAGAGCAAGAACUCUGGUUUCAAUAUCAGCACCGUCCUUCCUAGCGGCACGAUCCAGGAUAACGCGUACCUUGGUAAAUUCUCCAACGGCGCUAGUAUCAUUCUGCUUGCCGGGACAAUAGCCGCAGGUCUGGCCUUCCUCGUCAGCUUCCUCGCUCACCACUUCGCCUUCCUCAUCUCGGCCCUUCUCGCGCUUCUCGCUGCUGUCUGCCUUGCCGUUGCAGCUGCUAUCUGGACCGCGCUUGUUGCGAAGGUGCGGUCAUCUCUUACGAGCGUCAACAUUGGCCUUGUCGUCCACUACGGCCAGUCCAUCUGGCUCACCUGGGGCGCUGCUGGCGCAUGCCUCCUCGCAUUUGUUCCUCUCGUCCUCUCCUGCUGCACUGCCAGGUCCAAGUACUAGAGUCAAUCAGCGGACAAAGAGGGAUUAUUGGAAGUCAAUCCGGCUUGACUUCAUCGCUCGCACCAUUCUCCACCUUCACAACUUUAUUUACGACACGAUAAUUUGCUGAUACUUCCCUCUGCUGGCGGAAUAUGACGCACCUGCUGAAACGGCGCGACGAAAAUCAUGCAGAUCGAAUUAAGUAAAGCCCACGGCCUCAAGUCUCACCGUAUUUUUGACUUUGGUUGUUAUUCUGGUCAUGCUUCCAGCGCACGCGAUCCUUGUGGUUAGGCUCGGUAGCAACAUUUCCCAAUACCCCACUGUUUGCAUUCACGCAAGAAUGAAAGGAGAGCGAGUUGCAUCUUAUAAUUGUUAGAAUUCCUGAAGUAAAUAUAUUAAAAUAGGUCCAGGAG